GGCAACAAUAUUCGCGCGAGUACCUUCACCGACUCCUUUCUGCCUACUAGCGAUUCGGCCUUUUAGUGAUUCUAAGCUCUUAGCAUAGUCAUACCUGACCAGAACGGUCUGAAAUAGAUUGGGUAUGGUGCUAUCGCUCCCGAAAGUUCUGGAAUUUGCAUCUGGUCUUGAUUUAGCACUUCAGGCUUUACCCUUCCAGGGCGGUUGGUACUCCCUGACGGCUUGUGACUUACCGUGGGCGUAUAUCCGGGUCUCAAUUGGAAACAUGGUUACGGAUCACACAGCAUAUUUGAAGUAGAGUGGCAGGAAAUGACCAGAGGGUACGAAUAUCUAUAAAGCUU